UGAGAUUAAGCUGGUAUUUCCGUAACGCAGCGUGUGCGUGCCUCAGAGGCUGAGCCGGUGUUAACCGUAACUCAAUUUGGGCAGUCACAUCGGGUCCCAGAGAAAUGGGGUUCAGUCAGAGACUGCAAGAGAGUGUUACAUGUAGUGAAGCUAAAAUACCCGAGGCAAAUGGCUCUGACCGGAAAUAAACCAAAUCUACAAAUCUAAUUCUAACAUGUGGCCACAAAUUCCUAAACUAUACCAUCAAGUCAAAAACAAUACAACAAUUACAUACCUCAGCUGAGUGGGCAUAGAGUAACUGCAGAAAAUAUCUGAUUACAGAUGUAGAUUCACACAGCACUAUGUGGGAGCUCUGAUUACAGAGUUUCUCCUUUUGCUACUCUGGAGUUCUUCCUUAAGUUUCCAAACCAAGUGACAGAAUGUCUUUAGAGACUAAAUUUCCUGAGCAAAUAUUAUGAUUGAUUAUUUUAGGGACUGUUUUGAUCUUGUGUGCAUGUCCUGGAGAACUGCUGAUCUUAUCAAUUCUCAGACCCUCAGCCAAUCGAAUUGCUUUAGGAGGAAUGUGGGAAUUCCUUUGUUCCACCAGGUGACAAGAUCCUCCACUUUGGUGGGUUUUGUCUUAUUUUCUAUAUUUCUCUUAUAGGAUAACAUACUGCGUUAAGGUUGAGAGUAUUGUGCCCAUCGUACUGUGACCAUUCAAACAUGGGUGUAUGUGUCCCUAAUGUUACUCUGGGAUAAUGCCUCCUUUGUUGGUGUGAGUUAGUGAGUGUGGGAUGCAUCUGUGUCUUGACGCAGCCAGGUCUUGUGACAGGAAUUUGGCUGUAGGGUUCUGGCCGCCCAGUGGGGGUGAGGUGUCCCUUUUGAUGAGGUGAUCGGGUGAUUUGGGUCCAGUCUUGUUGGAGCCAGUGGACCUUUGCCUUAGGACAUUGGGUGGAACAUUGCCGGCUUGUCAGAAGUCAGACCGGUGGGGCCUGCAAGGCCUGUGGCCUUACAGAACUAAGCCAGACGUCUUUCACCAAUAUUUCCUUUCAGCAGAAUUUAAGCACUUUUUUCACUGUUACUCCACAAUCAAGGAUAUGAAUUAUGCUCCUUUUCCAGGGCCUUUGAAUUAAAACCCCCAUUUUGGUAUUACAGCUAGUGAACAAGAAGAAGAACUAUGUGAAGUAUGAAGAUUAUCUAGCUACUCGGUGUAUAUUGGAGGGGCUUUAAAUCUCCCAGCAGCCUUGUCAGUGUGCAUAAGCAGGCUAUUCCUCAAGUUCAUUGCUGUUAGCCGUCAUCUGUGCAUGAAGAAACCCCAUUGGUUGGUGGAGGGAUGGGGAUGGAGCUAGUUUUUCUGCAAAAUGCUCCCCGAUCCCUGUCACAUCCAAACUUCCACACCGCACACAUGACCUCCUGGCCUUCAUUGCACCAGUCUGGUACUUUAGCUUUCUGUCAGCACCCUGUGUCACAAAUGAAAAUCUGUGAUUGAUAUCUUAACAGAUGCAUACAGUACCUUUCUUUUUGCAUUGGAAACCAGGCUUACAGACUGGAAUUGUCUGCAUUUUCAGUGUCAGACCUGUGCCAGAUCCUGCAAGGCUGUUCUGUAGACGAAUAGACAGCAUUUAACUGCUUCAGGUUGAAUAAUAGAGCAAGAAAUAUAGUUUAACAAGAGAAGUUCCAAGAAGUAAAACAUAUGCUUUAUCUUACUGGGUCAGAGAGGACCUCAUGGUGCCUGAUUUAAAAUGUCAUGAGGAGAACAUGUUGACAGGUCCUUUUAACAUAUUGAGGGGAAUCUUCCAGCUUGGAACAUGAAGUUUUGUUUCAGGAAGGUCUGUUACACCAGAAACGGUUACAUUAUUUUUGGGGUAACCUUUAGGUCGGCUGUUCAAACCCAGGUAUGAGGAUUCUUCAGCCAAUCAGUCCUCUAAUCAGUAAUCUAAGUAGGUAGUUGCAGUGAAAACCCGCAUACACUGCGGCCCUUUCUGGAUAAGAUAAGCCACUCCUGUUCUAGUAGUAAUAAAAUGUUUAUAAUGGCAUGAUUAUGACAUGUCAUGGUUGGUUAUCUCGGUUAAGAUCAGGCACAUGGGGCUAUAUCUGUGCACCAUGUUAACAGAGAUGGAGUUCACAGCUUCAGGGUGGAGAACUGUCACCUUUGAGUUUUUCCAGAAUCGUCACCGUGACAAGAUAUAGAGCCAAAUUAACAAUGCUUUAGAGCUUAAGGAAGAAGACAGAAAUGGCACUUCACCUUCUUGGAGUUUUUUGCCUGCUCCUCCACACGUCUGUCGGAAUAGCAGCCAAGAGUCUGGUGGAUCUAGAGACAGCCUCGACCCUGCUGAUACCAUGCUACACCAGGGUGGCACUGCACUGCAACAUUUCCUCGCAGGCGGAACUCUCUGUCAAUAAGCUGGCUUGGAUUGACGUGGCCAGCCAGACGGAGCUGUGUGUCGUCAACAUGAAUAAUCUGAGUUCCUCUGGGAACCACAGCAUGAAAUGCGAGUACAUUCCCCAGAAAAGGCUCACGCUGACUUUCAGACACGUUCAUCCGGAGCAUCAGCGAACGUACAAGUGUAGCCUGAAGUCCAAUCGAGGAAUCAAACAGGCCACCACCAAAGUUAAGCUACAAGAUUGCUACAGAAACAAAUACCUCAACUUAUCUGCGUCGUGGGCCACAUGCCAUUUCUCUGGUGUUUAUCCCGAGGGGGAGGUGCACUGGUUCCAUGGCGACAGGAAUGUGACGGAGCACUCGGACAGGCAUACGACUAGGCGUAACCACGACGGGACUUUCAACGUGUCCAGCAGCCUGCACACAGAGCAUUCGUCGAGUGAAUGCUCCUUGUGGAUCCCCAGCUCUAAGGCUUACCUGGUGAGGCAACCAAUAACUAAGCUGAAUUCACUCAGUUACAGGUCUGACAGCAGAGCUGUAGCUGCCCACACCUUCAGCCUAGGGUUUGGGUUAAUGCUGACCAGGCUCCUUGUGCCAUAGUCCUGCCAGGCACACGCCAGGGACGCUCCUCUCUAGCUACCUCAUGUGAGGAAACACGAACAAUGAAAAAUUAACUAAACUUGCUGACCAGAAGCCGGUGGUUUGAAAGGCAUUUCCUCUGUCUUUCUUCGUGUUUUCUGUCAUAUUGCUGUUUAAAAUUGUGAAUUGAGUUGUUGGAUUUGUUUUUUUUUGUUCAUAGAUUUUUUUUUAAAUGAAGUCCCGUGUGUAAUUACUGUACAGACAAUAAGAAGUUAUCUCAAUGGACUUUGUCACCUGUAAAAUAAUGCUGCUGGUGUGUGGGUGUAGUGCAGACGUGGUUAGCGCCAAACAGCCAGCUUAACAACUGCUGUAUAUGUCUUCCAGUCAUUCUUCAGGAAAAAACAGUAAUGUAAAUGCAACAUUUAUUUUCUUUAAUGCCAUCUUUUCACUAUUGUGAUCAUAUGUAGCAUACUGUAAUUAAGCUAGCACCUUCAAUAACAAUGAUCUCUGUAUGUGUAUAUCUGCACCUAGUGGUCAGGAUUUUAUCAUAUAUCAACAAUUAAAACAUAUUUAGUUGUA